AUGAAGAUUCCCGUAAGAAGUCUGCUAGCCAUCCGGAAGGCUUCUACGGCAGUGUCAACCGUUGAAAGUAAGUUGUUUACUGUAAAAACAAGACAAUAAACUGAAAUCGCUUUCAGCUGUCGCGCCGGCCACUCUAUCAUCAGAAUUCUUCGAACACAUUCGUCAUCAGGUGUACGGCGACGCGCAGAAAGUGGAUAAAGUCGUGGUGUCGGUGCUGACGAACGAGAAAACACUGCCAGUGCUCGUGAAUCGAAAUGUCUCCACCGCCUACCAAUGCCUCAAUCGUACGUUUCCUUUCUCAAGUUUUUGCACGUUUUGAAUGAUUUCAGAUGUCAGCAAGCACGUCGCCGACGAUGCUUUGCUCGUGGAAGUGAUUCCGUCCGUCGGCAGCGCGUAUUUCGCCAGUCCCAAUCAGCCUUUGCAAAAUCAGGCUAAUAUUCGGAAAAUAGGAUUCAAGACGGCAGAACACGUGUCUCUUGUCAACGACGCCUACUGGAGAUCGUGCUCUUUUGUGACUGCUGCCAUUCUGAAAGAUUCGCUGGACGUCGACGUCGAUUUGCAGUUUCCGGGAGGCAGUAUUCAGGACGGAUUCUUCUCGGUCAAAGUCAGCGGUCUCGGAGGGAACGUCUUCACUCCUGUAAGCUUUCUUUUCUGAAAAUUCUUAUUUGAACUCGUGUUCAGGACGAAUUGAAUGCGAUAAAUCGCCUGGGGAAGACGGUCAUUCACGCCGAUAAGCCACUGGAAGUGAUUUCGGUUCCGCAGGCGACAGCUGAGGAGAACGGUAUUUCGGGAACACAUCUCGUUCGAAUCGACGAUCACGUCUUCUCCUCCGAUGGCCCCGUCAUCAGAUCCACCCGCCAAAUCGGCCGAUUCUUGAUCUUCCGCUCGAAGCCCUCCGGACACGACAUCGUUGUUGGCGGAGUUUCUCUUCCCCGAAAACAGACGACGUCCUCAUACACAUGGGGUCUUAUCGCAAAGAAUGCAGUUCAUAAAUUCAGUAAAACGGUGUAA